GCCUAUUUAAUGCACCUGUGGCAUGAAGGCUGCCUCUCUCUCCCUUUGUCUGUGCCUGGUCUCUGCCACAUGGUCAUGUCUGAGGUAGGUAGUGGGGCUGGAGGCUACUUUAGCCGAUUUUAACAUUAGUAGUGGCCGUGAUUUUAACAGGAGCUGCAUUGUCUGUUAGGUUCCUUUCCUGUACUGAUGGCUGGUCGUUUUGAUGUCCACGAACAUUGAGUUGAGGUUUGUUAAUUUUUCCAACCAACCCUUCACUUCCCCAUCCCACAAUUGUGUUAAAAUUGUACUUGCCCUUUUUAGCGGUGAACUGUGCGGAACGGGUUAAAGGACAUCUGGUUUCGUUUAUUUUUAGUUUACUUGAGUUAGCCACCAACUUUUAAUCCUAGCAUUUUAUUGAAAUUGUUAUUAAAAAUCACUGUUUUAGCUGAACCAACUGGUUUAAUACAUCUUACCUGUUUUCUUUGUUUAACAUUUUCUUUCUUCUCCUUUACCGUGCAGUGGUUGCUGGCUAGUGGCGAAGGCUAGGCACUCUAGGUGGUCCCCCAUACCUUGUUUUGUUGUAGUGAUAAGGGCACUGGGACACGAUUUUCUGCACCUGUUUGCCGUGUGUUUGCUGUGAGUUCACGAGUGGUGGAUCCUUCCCUGGGUAUUUCAAACAAAGAAACAAAGGUCCACCCACCAGAGACUACAAACAGGCAAGAACUGUGAAGAAGUGGAUUCCAUUUGAUGUUUGUUUUUUUUUUUUUACUUUCCUCCAAAACGGAGACAACUCCAUCCCCUUCUGAGGAGCUGGAGCUCAUUCAAGCAGGGCUUAGAAAGCGUACGCUGUCUAUUACAUCAGAUGUAACUCAUGCAGAGUUAUCUAGUUUACUUGAGGCAGCAUAUCCAAAGAUGAAUGUUCUUGAGGACAGAUGGCUUCUUUUCAAGGCAGCAGGUGCAAUUUCGGUUAAGAAAAAAUAUAUAUUAAUCAAGAAAUUUACAGAACGUCAUGGUUAUUUACUAUUUCAAUAUUGUUUUAACUGUUUUGAAGGCGGAAAUGGAAGAAGAAAGAUGUCUGCAAUUGCAUUAGACGCAGAAGGUUACACCGGUUCUGUCAUCAGAAGAGCCUCAAGUGGAGGAAAACUUUUGUUAUAUGUGGUGCCCCUCCAAGAUGAGCUAGAUUUAUCACCUCUCCCAGCAGAUGCACCAGAGUUUGCUCUUAUGCCAAAAACAACAUGCAAACAAUGCAAGGCAGUGAUGCCACUCCAGAUGUUGGCACUGCACAUUGAUCAGUGCUCCAGCAUAUCAGACUUGGAAGAUGAGGAGUCAGAAGUGGUGUUCUUGGAUGAGGCAACAUCUUCAAGCACAGCUCCAGGGACAAAUUCAGAUGUGCCACAGUCCUCUGAGAAACAUUGCUUUCAGCAGGAAAGUGAGGUCAAAUGUCCAAUUUGCAUACAAACAUUUCCAGUGUCAGACAUUGAGGUCCAUGCAAGCCUCUGCAGUGAAAGCAUGGAGAAGAACAUUUGCCAGCUUAACACUGCUGAACCAUGCUCCAGCCUGGAUCAAAUAUCAUGUGAAGAGGAUGUUCUUCAGUGGGUAAUGACACAGGUUGACCGCAGCAGGAACUUUGAAAUCUGUGUGUCCAGAGAAGGUAUGGUUGACAGAGGUCUGAAACUCUGGAAGCGCAGAAAGAAUGGCGGUCCACUGAACCCUUUGAAAGUUUCCUUCCUGGGGGAACCAGGAGUUGACACUGGUGCACUAAGAAAAGAGUUCCUGUCCAGUGAGUAG